AUGUCUUGGCAUCUUGCCAACGCAAACCUCUUGAGCGCCCAGGAACAAAUUCGAAGACCAUUCGAGGAGCCAAGCAACAGAGGGACCCAAAACAUUAGUGGCAUAUCCGACUCGGAAUGCGUAGAGUUGGGUCCAUUGUUCGAGGAUCCGAGGCCCUUCACCUCCAACUACUGGCAGACCUUCGACUUUCUCUGUCGAUACUGGCCACCCAACACUACGACUUCCAGCUCGAACAACACACCUCAAAACUUGCAAACAUCUCUUGGAGAAAAGAAUUCAGGCAAUCGCCAAUCAUUCAAUUGUCGCGAUGAUAAUAAAAAGAAGAACAAGGACAGGUAA